CCGCAGUCGCCUUGCGGCGCGUGCGACACGCACAUUACAAUAACUGAAAGCUCGACACGAGACUUCGCACAUAAACUUUUUCGGCGUCACAAUACGGUCUGACCUCGCCCUUACAUUCCAUGUGUUCGGAAUUUAAAUUUGAUAAACUUUGAGUUUUAAAUUAUCGUGCGUGUGAACUUUUCUGUGACAAAAGAGGACUGAACGCAAAUGUAAUUUAUUGCCAAUCAAUGAAUAGGGGUGUUGCGUAAUUUUUUACAAUCAGCUUCCGUACGUUGGCAAUGACGUAAAGCAUAAAAGCGUGGUAUAGAAAAACGUUCAAUACAAAACAAGAUUGAUUUAUUAAAAAGAAAUAUAUUAUGUGAUUUCCACUUGUUAGUCGGAGUGAAUUAUUUAAAUCGACUCUUGAUUUUGGUUUCGAAUUCAAUCCUAUUUUUCAGUAUCACAUUGAAUUACAAAUAUGCCUUUAUAAACGUGGAUGUAUUUUAUCGGAAAGUCUAUUUCAAAGUGAGUGUUGCUAAAGGAGGUGCUGUGUGGUAAACAUUUUUUGUGAUCGCCGAUUCGAUUCUGAAUAAGCAGCUAUGGGCAAACUCAGCAUUCACACCGCAAGACUGGCAGCCAUCUUGAUACUGCACGCUGCUGGGGCAGGACUGGCUUCUCCAACGGUACUGGUAACCAGGACUCAGACCAUGAUCGAAGUGGAAUGGCUGCUGAGUGACAACCAGACAAUAUACAAUCUACGGGAAGGCGAGAGCAGGAGUUUGGAAUUGAAUACAACGAAUUUAUCACAGACAACGGUGUUCAUAACAAUAAGCCCGUGUACGAACGAUUUCCAUUGGAGUUUAUACCAUGGGAAAACACAUAAUCAAGGACCUCUUACGCUGCUGAAGAAUUACGUUGGCGGAGAAAUGAAGACUUUUUCAAUAUUUUCUGCUUUUCAAGACCGAUACGUAUUGCAGAUGUCGACGGUUCGCGGAGGCUCGGCUGCGGUCAGUGUGAGGGGUGAAGCGAACAAGCUGGUGCGACUACGACUGCACAAUAGGUCGAGGCGGCGACUGGUGGCCAACUGGGAUCCUAGCCCUAUCGACCCGCAGUCAACCACAUAUUGUGUCGUAGCGUCCCAUAAGAAGAACUACACUUCUCUAUGCGCCGCACAAUGCGACUCGAAAGCAAAUAGACUAGAGAACUUGUCAUUCGAGCGAUCAAUCAAAAAGGACCAAUCGGACGAUAAUAAUCGGUCCAGGAUCGAUUGCUCUGACGCGGAGGUCGACAACAAGAUUGAAGUGGACCCGCUGAGGGUGUUCGAUGCUAGCUACAAAACUCUUGUCAAGAAGAGAAAAUUCGGUCGCAGUACCAAAGCAAGUGACGUGGAUCCUGUCAUAGCGUGCGUUGGUGAGAGGACCCAUCAUCUCAUUGAAAAUUUGGAUCCAGCUAAGAUGUACUACGUCAGCGUGUUCGGUGUUGCCAGUGACCGACAGUCAGGUAGCUUACUGGCAACCAGCGCAGUUCUUCCGCGCACUUCCACUACGAAAAGACUGAAAGAAAAUGUGUCCCAAAGAGCUGAAAUAAAAGGACGAGCUGUUUAUUAUUUCAAGGCCACCGUUGGCGCUGGGGGUGGUCUCUGGUUGGUUAUAUUAACAUGCGGCGGAGCAGUGGAUGUCGAAGUUUUGGUACGAGGAAAAAGAUUGCAUCUAGUGAAGAAUGUUGAGUCUCAUUCAAAGUUCUUCGUGCCGGCUCCGAUACUCAACUCCUCGAUUCAGGACAUCAGCAAAGAAAGUUCGAUCCAAUUCGAUUCUAGUUCCGAAGAAACCAGAAUCAGAUACGUCAUUAAAGUGACUCCUAGCAAACGGGACAAAGAUCGGAGUAUAAAUGUGGAGAUAGCUGCAUCAACAACAAGAUGGGGCAUCAACUUACCCGAGCUGCCAGAAGAUGGGUCGAUUGUAAGAGAAUUGCGUCCCAAGAAAUCUUGUAGAUCUUUAGAUAUUGCAUUUCUACCAGCAACACAUAAUGCUACAAAUGCAAUAAGGUAUUGCAUCAUAGCUCGGGAAAUCGUUAAUGGUGAAAAUUUGGCGUGCGCAACAUCAAAGAAGUAUACAGCGCGAAGUCAAUGCUUUAACAGUUUUACUUAUCCAGCAACUAAAGUCAUAGUACAAAAGAUCAACGGACUUCGAGCGGGCAGAAAAUACGCGAUUCAAGUUACAGCGGCGACAAAAGGAAUUCCUGUGCCAUACAAAGUUUUAUAUGCCGACACUAACGUAACUUGCUGAGAUGAGUUGAGUUCUCUUACCUAAAACAUAUUACCGUAUACGUAUCAACACCCCACGAACAAAGUUUGCUAUACUGAAUCUUUAAUGUUUGAAUGUCAAAAUUUCUUUGUAAUUGUAUUUCUUGAUAUAUUCUGUGCACGAUUACAUACAUGGAUGAUUGUAAAUAUUGUAGGUACUUAUUAAAAGUAAGAACUUAUAAUGAUGACAACAUGUUAUUAGUUUGAGUUACUUUGUACAUAGAACUUGCUCUAAGACAUAGAAGGGUAAUACUGAUAAAAAAGCGAACGUGAGUAUCGUAUAACACUCGAUACGAACGAAGUUAAAAACUACCACGGAUGAGUAAAAACCAAAAAAAACAUCCUUAGAAAAACAACCCUUAAAAUCUACCUUAGAAGAAUAAAACUACCAUUAAAAACUACCAUAGAUGGAGGGAAAUUACUAAAAAAAACAUCCCGACUAGCCCACAAUUUCUCGCUAAAACAUCGUAUUAUAAUACCCCAAUCUGGCAAUUCUUUUUUCGCCUAAUGCCCCCUGUACACGUCGACAAAUGCAUCUGCGGAUGUUAUCUGCGGAUGCGUCCGCCGACGUGUAGACGGGGUAGUUUGCGCGUUUGUGGUAGGUAUUUGACGUCCGCAGAUGCGUUUGCCAUCAAUCAGUUAAAUAGUUGUCGGUUUUUGUGGCACGCAACAAAGGGAUUUAGGCGGACGUCAGGCGUGCCUGUCCACACGUCUGACAACGCAUCAGAUCCCUUAGUAAAAGUUCGAGCUCACGAAAACUAUCAUAGUUUUCGUAAUUGUAAAUUAUGUUUCUAUGUCCAUUUUGGUGAAAAGUAACCAAAUAAACUUAAAAUUUAAAAAGACGCAAAUUUAAUGAUAGAAUUUAAACACUGUUUAUUUGUAUUGAAACAAAAACAAUGAAAUCAGUACCCAUAUUUAGAGUGCGAGCUCACGAAAACUAUCAUAGUUUUCGUAAUUGUAAAACUCGUUCUAAGGGUACAAUAGUAUCGGAUUUGCGAAUGAGAGCGCAUGCGUGCUUGCUAUUUUUUUUUUCGCGUGUCUUAUUCUCGUUCGCCAAAACGGCUUAUAUGAGCACUAAUGAAACAUUUAAAUGUCUCGAAUUGUAAUUAUAAUUUUUAAUAAUUAAUUGUAAUUAUUAUUUUAUUUAUACCUAAUAAUUGUAAUUUAUUAAAAGUUAAAUGUACUAAACAAAUUUAAUGGUUGCGUCAGCUACGGUCUCAAUAUCCAUUUUUGAAUGGUGCGUGCGUGCGUGUUGCGUCUUUCGAGAAUGAACACAGACUGAAUGACCUACAGACGUCGUCAGACGUGUGGUCGGCUCGUGGUGAUCCAUCUGAAGAUGCAUCUGUCGACGUCCGCGCAUCCGCCGAAGUAGAGGCAUAAGUCCCAUCCGCCGCACCGUCCGAAAAAGAAUUUCGUUUCAAAAAUCAAUAGUCUGUAUUGAUCUGUAAUAAUUUAUUAUACCUACCUUUGGCUACAAGUUUUCAGUUUUGUGGGUUGUUCGGAAUUUAUAUUUAUUAUUCCAAUAUUACUUAAUUUUAUUUUUUAUUAUUAUUUUAAAUCGUAACCGUUGUUUGUAAAUACCUAGGACUUAUUUAUUUAUAGUACAUUUCUUAAAAAAAACGCUUUUGAGUGUAGGUAUAUUCUGGUUCAAAAUAUCGGUAGUCACUGCAUCGCUGUGUCAAAAACGCUACAUCGACGGGUUAAUGAAUCGACAGUUCCACAGAAUUCAGAAUGAGCUUAGUAUUUUGGUCAAAACUAUAGUUUAUUUCAUUCCAGGUUUUUUAAUAAUUAUUAUAAAAUAUUUAUUUAAUGGCAAAUGGCAAGUUUAUAUACCUAUUUUUUGUUGCUGUUGUUAAUGAUUCUGUUCAUCUUUUAUUAAAUUAUUAGGGUAUUUUAUAGGUAAAUUAUUUCAAGAAGAAUUAAUCAUUAAUUGGUAUAAUAAGUUUACCGUGAUUUCACAAAUAUCAUUCAUGACUGGACUUAUUGACAUUUGCCAUAGUGAUUGAGUAGACAUUAUAAGCUACCACACACUAUACAUAGGUAAACGUAAUAAUGCCGGGGUGGCCAGCAUCCUUAAUUAAACACGAUUUAAAAUUAAUCGGAGAUAAAUAAAAAAGUUAAAGUAUCUGCUUAUAUUAUAUUAUAAAAAAAUUCCUCAAAUGAUAUGUUUCGUCGCUACCGGACACCGAUUACCACUUAUGAACAACCUCCUUUAUUUUUUUAAAUACUUAUGUAAGCUUUUAGCUUAGCUACGGACCAUAUUAAUGAAGAACCCUAAACUUCUGCUCUUUAUUUUAUUUUUAACGUGUUUGAUGUGACAUAUGUAUAUUAAAUAAGGGAUAUUAUAGAGAUUUUGGCCUAAAGUUUUAAUAUUAAUAACGUAGUCAUGUAUUACAUAACACUGGCAUUUAUUGAAACGGUGAUACUUGCUGAUAAUGUUCCUAUAGUUUUUUUGUAGAUAUUAUUUAAAUAUAAGUAAUUGUACACAGAAAUAUUAAUAAUAAUGAAAAAGAAAUAAAAUAUGGAAAAAAAGUAAAACUGCAUUUUUUUUAAUU